UCGUGACACAAAGCCCAUCAGAGUCAAAGAUUAAGCGGUAAUUUUUAACUCUGGUAGAGUUAAGAGAAUGUUCAUUUUUGCUCUUUUUUGUUAAGGCUCCUCCAAAACACAUUCGCUGUUCCGUGCCGUUCCGUAUCCGCCCGAAAUGAAAUCUCAAAAGCGAUUCUAAUCUGUCCAUUUCAAUUCUCUUUUGGGAUCGAAUCGAAACCUCCUAAAAAUAAAAAUAGAGCCGUCUCAAGCCAGGCCGCAUGUUGUUGGUGGACGUCGAACAGAAGGCUCUCAUCCAGGAUGUUGAACUUAAAUCUCAAAUUGCCAAAUCUCGACCCCACACUGAAUGGCUCGAUCAGCAGAUAUCUAUGGACGAAAUCCGUCGUGAGGCUGCCGAGCACAAUAUUUGUACGGAUUUGGCUGCGUAUUUGCCCCCGGCCGACAAGCGUGGUAUGAUGGAUCCUCGAUUGCAGCUGUACGGCUACACGACGGAAACGAUCCACAUGUUGCUGCUGCCGAUGAUCAAGAACAAGAAGGAAGCGCUCGGAUCGAUGGGUAACGAUGCGCCGCUUGCCUGUUUGUCCGCAUUCCAACCGUUGCCGUACGAGUACUUCAAGCAGCUGUUCGCCCAGGUCACCAACCCACCGAUCGAUCCCUUCCGCGAGAAGAUCAUCAUGUCACUGCAAUGCCCAGUUGGGCCGGAAGCUAACCUGCUUGCGGCUUCACCAUCCCAGGUACAUCGCAUCUGGCUAGAUAACCCUAUCCUAAGCAUCCCAGAUACUGAAAUCCUCAAAAGGAAUCAGCAUCGUGGAUGGAAGACUAAGGUAAUCGAUAUCACUUUCCCAGCUAAAGAGGGACCGGAUGGUUAUUUGACCGGUCUGCGUCGUAUUUGUUCCGAAGCUCAAAGUGCCGCGCAGAACGAUUUCCAGCUGUUGAUGUUGUCGGAUCGUGCUGCGGGGCCCCAGCGAGCUCCCAUUUCUGGACUAUUGGCACUGGGCGCCGUUCACCAUCAUCUCAUCGAGACACGUCAACGCAUGAAGGUUGGUCUGUUGCUGGAGACUGCCGAAGCCAGGGAAGUUCACCACGUUUGUGUGCUGUUGGGUUACGGAGCUGACGCCAUUUGCCCGUAUUUGGUAUUCGAGUUGGCCGAAGCUCUACGUGAUGAGACUGUCAUCGACCCAACGUUGACAAACGACGCGAUCUACAAGGCAUACGCACAAGCUGUCGAAACAGGUAUUCUAAAGGUUAUGGCAAAGAUGGGAAUCUCCACGCUGCAGUCCUAUAAGGGUGCACAAAUCUUCGAAGCUGUUGGACUGGGUAACGAUGUAAUUGAUCUUUGCUUCCGUGGAACUCAGUCCCGUAUUGGAGGUGUUAACCUGAAAACGCUUGCACAAGAAGGUCUGGAGCGGCACGAAAUGAUUUACGGGUUGCACAAUGCCGAUACGAAAAUUUUGAGGAACCCAGGUCAAUUCCACUGGAGAGCUGGCGGUGAAGGUCACAUCAACGAACCGGCUGCCAUUGCGGCUCUACAAGAAGCAUCCAUCAAUGAGAAUAAAUCAGCGUACGCCAGGUUCCGCGAUACUACCAUGAAUAGUGUAAAACAAUGCACGCUUCGUGGUCAGCUUCAAUUCGUGAAAGGCCGUCCGAAGAUCGACAUUUCCGAGGUUGAACCGGCGAGUGAAAUUGUUAAACGUUUCGCAACCGGAGCGAUGAGCUUUGGCAGUAUUUCGUUGGAAGCUCAUUCAACGUUGGCUAUCUCAAUGAACAGAAUCGGCGGAAAAAGCAAUACCGGUGAGGGUGGCGAAAACGCUGAUCGUUAUUUGAACCAGGAUCCUCAACAUAACAAGCGUUCAGCUAUUAAGCAGGUAGCUUCGGGUCGAUUCGGUGUAACGGCAGCUUAUCUAGCCAACGCAGAUGAUUUGCAAAUUAAAAUGGCUCAAGGUGCCAAGCCUGGAGAGGGUGGUGAGCUACCUGGUUACAAAGUUUCCGAGGACAUUGCCCAUACUCGUCACUCGGUUGCCGGUGUGGGAUUGAUUUCACCACCUCCCCACCACGAUAUCUAUUCUAUUGAAGAUUUGGCCGAGUUGAUUUACGAUUUGAAAUGCGCGAACCCGAGGGCACGUAUCAGCGUGAAGCUAGUUUCGGAGGUGGGAGUUGGUGUUGUAGCUUCCGGUGUUGCCAAGGGUAAAGCUGAGCAUAUUGUUAUCUCUGGACACGAUGGUGGUACCGGUGCCAGCUCCUGGACCGGUAUCAAAUCAGCCGGUUUGCCGUGGGAGUUGGGAGUUGCUGAAACCCACCAAGUUCUGGUAUUGAACGAUCUGCGCUCCAGAGUCGUGGUUCAAGCCGACGGACAGCUACGUACAGGGUUCGACGUGGCGGUUGCUGCCAUUCUUGGUGCGGAUGAGUUUGGUUUCAGUACUGCACCCUUGAUUGUGAUGGGUUGUACAAUGAUGCGUAAGUGUCAUUUGAACACCUGCCCGGUUGGUAUUGCUACCCAGGAUCCGGUGCUGCGGGCCAAGUUUGCUGGCAAACCGGAACAUGUCAUCAACUACUUCUUUAUGCUGGCUGAAGAGAUCCGCGAAAUCAUGGCAAAUUUGGGUCUACGGAAGUUCCAGGAACUUAUCGGUCGAACUGACCUGUUGCAAGUUCGAGAGGGUUUGAACAAUAAGGCAUCGCUUCUGGACCUUCAAAUGGUUCUGAAGAGUGCGUUGGAUUUGCGUCCCGGUACAAACAUUAUCGGAGGUUCCCUGAAACAGGACUUUGUGCUGCAAAAUCGUGUGGAUAACGAGUUGAUUGCAAAAUCCCAGGGUGUCAUCGAUGGAAAGGAACAGUCGGUGACCUUUAACAUUAAAAUCAAGAACGAGGAGCGUGCAUUUACUAGUACGUUGAGUUAUGAAAUCGCUCGAAAGUAUGGAGAUGAUGGUCUACCGAAUGGUCGAUCGAUCAACAUAAAUCUGGAGGGAUCAGCCGGGCAGAGCUUCGGUGCGUUCCUAGCUAAGGGUAUACAUUUAAAUCUCGUUGGUGACGCUAAUGACUACGUAGGUAAGGGCUUGUCGGGUGGAUCAAUCAUCAUUCGUCCACCGGCAGAGUCGCCAUUCGAAUCGCACUUGAACGUGAUCGUUGGAAAUGUAUGCCUGUACGGAGCUACUUCAGGAAGAGCUUUCUUCAGAGGUAUUGCUGCCGAACGAUUCUGUGUGCGUAACUCGGGAGUUACGGCCGUUGUAGAGGGUGUUGGCGAUCACGGUUGUGAAUACAUGACCGGUGGUGUGGUUUUGAUCUUGGGUCUCACAGGCCGGAACUUCGCAGCCGGUAUGUCUGGCGGUAUUGCUUAUGUUUUAGAUGUCGAUGGAACAUUCCGCUCGAAGGUGAACCCAGGUAUGGUUGAACUGCUCGGAUUGGAGCUGGAUGAGGAUCGUGCAUUUGUUAAAAGUUUGUUGGAAGAAUUUGUUGAAAAAACGGGAUCUGUUGUUGCCAAAGACUUGUUGGCUAUCUGGCCGGAACCAUGCCAACAGUUUGUGAAAGUUUUCCCCUAUGAGUAUCAAAAGGUGUUGAAGGCCCAAAAGGAAGCACAAAUUUUACAGAAAGAAAUCAAGAGCAUCACAAACGGAUCGCAAAAGGUCGAACCAAGUGUCAAAGAUAUUGAGGAGUCUAUACAAGAUGCUGUUCUGGCAAAGAAAAAGUUGGAUCAAGUUCUUGACAAGACCAGAGGUUUCAUUAAGUACAAGCGUGAAACAUCGGUUUACAGAAAUGCUACUGAACGUCAAAAGGAUUGGAAUGAGGUCUUCAAUUUCCCGCACGUUCGGAAGAAUUUAAAAGUACAGGCCGCACGAUGCAUGGAGUGUGGAGUUCCGUUCUGUCAGUCGAACUCACAUGGGUGUCCUCUGGGAAAUAUUAUUCCAAAGUGGAACGACUUAGUGUUCCAUGGUAGCUGGAAAGAGGCCAUCAACCAGUUGUUGCAAACCAACAACUUCCCAGAGUUCACUGGUCGCGUCUGUCCUGCGCCAUGUGAGGGAGCUUGUGUGUUGGGAAUUUCCGAGCCAGCUGUAACGAUCAAGAAUAUUGAAUGCGCUAUCAUAGAUCAUGCCUUUGAACAGGGCUGGAUUACUCCUCAAAUACCAGCGAAGAGGACCGGAAAGCGGGUAGCAGUCAUAGGUUCCGGUCCAGCAGGGUUGGCCGCUGCUCAGCAGCUCAAUAAGGCGGGACACUUGGUUACAGUUUACGAGAGAAACGAUCGUCCAGGUGGCUUGCUGCAAUACGGCAUUCCAACUAUGAAGCUGUCUAAGGAAGUUGUCAAGAGGCGUACCGACUUGAUGGCUGCCGAGGGCAUCGAAUUCAAAUGCAAUGUUCACAUUGGAAAGGAUGUGAUGCCUUCGCAGCUGGAAAAGGAAUACGAUGCAGUUCUGUUCACUACCGGUGCGACCUGGCCUCGUGAUCUAAAUCUACCAAACCGUGAUUUGAAGGGUAUUUACUUCGCUAUGGAAUUCUUGGAGGCUAGCCAGAAGAAGUUGCUGGGUAGUCGCCCUGAUUGGAUUUCGGCUGAAGGAAAAGAUGUGAUCGUAAUUGGAGGUGGUGAUACCGGGUGCGAUUGUAUUGCCACUUCGCUACGCCAAGGUGCCAAAACGAUAACAACGUUCGAAAUCUUGCCAACACCUCCGGAGAAACGAGCCGAAGACAAUCCAUGGCCACAGUGGCCAAAGAUCUUCCGGGUUGACUAUGGUCACGAAGAGGUCCGCGUCAAAUGGGGUAAGGACCCCCGUCAAUACAGCACAACUACUAAGGAGUUCGUAAGCGACGGAAAUGGUCACAUCAAGGGUGUCAAUACGAUUGAGGUCGAGUGGACUCAGAGCCCUACCGGUCAGUGGAGCAUGAAGGAAGUUGCCGGUACCGAAAAGUAUUUCCCAGCAGAUCUGAUUCUGCUGGCCAUGGGAUUCUUGGGGCCGGAAAAGGUGGCUCCAACCGAAAUGAAACUCGAGUUGGAUGGAAGAGGAAACAUCAAGACAACCGUCGGAACCUACGGCACGACCAACCCGAAGGUAUUUGCGGCUGGAGAUUGUCGCAGAGGUCAGUCCCUGGUGGUUUGGGCCAUUUCUGAGGGUAGACAAGCGGCGCGGCAGAUCGAUACCUAUCUGAUGGGUACACCGAGCUCACUUCCCGGACCAGGUGGCGUCGUUGAUCCGACCCGUUCCCCGUAAAAUCUCUCGUGCGUUCAAGUGUCAAGUGAACAAUAAACAUAGAAUUGUUGUCGAGUAUCACGUGAAGUUAAGUUCAACUUGUCGAUAUAGGUAUUGAAUGGUUGCCGUUUCAAGGGUUCGCUUGAAUGUGCCAUUCUUCAUAGUAGCAGGAAUACUAGAAAAAAUAAACAGGAAACGUAAGAUACGUCCGGUCGGUUCAUAAUGAACCUCACUUAGAUGGUUACAAAGCAGGAUUAGCGAGUCUUAUUUGAGAAAUAAGGUUUUCGAAGAUUCUGAUUGCCAAACCGAAAAAAUCUAACAAUAAAACAGAUAUCAUAAAAUUUUGGCAUUGAGGCUCAUCUAAAAACUUAUUUAUUAUCUGAUCAGCUUUUACAUGCAAAAUGCACACUCUUUUAAUUGCUUUUAGUUUACAAAUAGAACAGCUAUUUACUAGAUACAUUUAUAGAUUAAAAUAAAUUUUACGUUGUAUUAUUAUUAGUUGCCAAUGAAAAAGAAGUUAUUUUGAAAUGUUUUAUUCAGAGGUAAAGCCAGUGCACCCAGGAAGAACAUUGUGAAACCACAAUUUUCGAUUGUGCUGUGAAGCAUUUCAUUCUCUAAAUUGAGUAAGAAAUGCAUUAUCUGUGUUAUUGUUUCGUCGUCUCACAUCAGUAAGUCGUUGGAAGUUCUUCUGAUUAGGCUUCAGUUAUUUAUUUAAGAUCUUGUUGAAAUACAUUUUUAUUUACCGGUUUG